AGUCUCCGGGAGCGCGCCUGAGCAAGUAAAGCGGCAGAGAAGCUAAACAGGUGGUCAGCUAACAAUGUCGUCCUGCGGGGGGAGGCGGAAAGACGCCCCGACUGUGGAAUAGCGGGAAUCGAACCCCCCGCCAUCGCUCGCCGCACACCCUCAUGCUUCUUGUGGCCCGCUGGUGGGCUCUUCGCGGUCUUCGCUGCGCCUGUGGACUCGCUACAGUGGACGGGGCAGUCGGACGAGCGCGCCAUGAAAGUCACGGUGUGUUUUGGCCGGACGCGCGUGGUCGUGCCGUGCGGGGACGGCAGCAUCCGAGUGCGCGCGCUCGUGCAGCAGGCUGUCAUGAGGUACAAGAAGGCCAUCGCCAAGGAUGCGAGCUACUGGCUACAGGUGCACCGCUUGGAGCACGGCGACGGCGGCAUCCUGGACCUCGAUGACGUGCUCUGCGACGUGGCUGACGACAAGGACCGGUUGAUCGCCAUCUAUGAUGAACAGGAGCCCCACCAUGGCGGCGAUGGCACCAGCGCCAGCUCCACUGGCACGCAGAGCCCUGACUUGUUCGCCGUCGACCUCAGCGCCGGCAGUGGAGCGUCGGCCUUCCAGCCCUACCAGGCAGCCAGCGAGAUUGAAGUCACGCCAUCCGCCCUGCGCACCAACAUGCCCCUGCACGUACGUCGCAGCAGCGACCCAGCCUUGUUGAGAAUCAACGAGCCGUUCACCGGCAGUGAGUCGCUGGUCCAAGCACAAGAGCCUCCGUCGAGGAAGAACCCGACACGAUGGUCCACCACUGCUGGUUUCUUAAAAGCUCGCCACUCGUCAGGCUCCAGUAGCCUGGAGAGGAAGGCUAAAGCUUUGGACUCGUACCGCAGUCUGCCACGCGAUGCUAGCGCUUGGGCCAAUCAGAGAGAUUUCCACAGGGAAACGGCCCGUUCGUCUCUCAGCACCAAUCACCCUAUGGUGGAUCGCUGGCUGGAGAGACAAGAGCAGGAGGAAGAAACGAGAGAGCAGCAGGAAAAUGGACGUAUCGAGCCGGCGGGCCGCGCCGACUCCUGCAUGGAGCACACCGCCAUCAGGUCUCUAGAAGACAUAGUCAAAGUGGUGGAGGUGACAAACGAUGGCGGGCCCCUGGGAAUCCACGUGGUGCCUUUCAGUGGCAGGGACCGCAGGACUCUUGGCUUGUUGGUCAAGCGUCUGGAGCAUGGAGGCAAGGCCCAGCAGCAAGUCCUUUUCCAAGAGAGCGACUGUAUCGUCAGAAUCAAUAAUGGAGACCUGAGAAACAUCCGCUUUGAACAAGCCCAGAACAUGUUCCGUCAGGCCAUGCGCUCGCCGGUCAUCAUGUUCCACGUGGUUCCUUCGUCCAUGAAGGCCCAUUACGAGCAUCUGUCCCACGCCGAGAGGAACCCCGCGUAUUCCUCGGGCCGCUUCAGUCCAGACUCCAUAUCCGGUGGCAUGGAUCACGCCGCCCCUCACAGGAUGUCCCGACACGGCUCCCAAACAAACCCACACUCUCAUCCUCAUCCGGACCAGACCGAUGGCUACCCGCCCUCAAAUCACCCGACCGUUUUUGCCGCCAAGCCUCCCACUGGUCAGAUCCACUCACCUCAGAGGAACUCCACGCCGACCCCUAGUGGAUACAGCAAAAAACUGGGGAGGAGGCUUAACAUUCUGCUGAAUAAAGGACCGGAAGGACUCGGCUUUAGCAUCACUUCACGGGACGUCCCCAUCGGCGGCUCGGCGCCCAUCUACGUGAAGAACAUUUUACCACGGGGAGCUGCGAUCCAAGAUGGGCGCCUCAAGGCUGGGGACAGGUUACUGGAGGUGAAUGGAGUGGACUUGAAUGGGCGGACCCAGGAGGAGGUGGUGUCAAUCCUCAGGGCCACGCCCAUGGGGGGCUCAGUGGGGAUGCUGGUCCUUCGCCAGGAAGAUACGUUCCUCCUUCGAGAAGUGGCGGACGAGGCCCAGACGCAGAUGCAAAGCCCCGGAGAUUUGAAGACGGAAGAAGACGAGUUGGUGCUGACUCCGGAUGGCAGCAGGGAGAUCCUGACCUUCGAGAUCCCUCUCAGCGACUCGGGCUCGGCGGGUUUGGGCGUCAGCGUGAAGGGCAAUCGCUCCAAGGAGAACCACGCCGACCUCGGCAUCUUCAUCAAGUCCAUCAUUAACGGAGGGGCGGCCUGCAAGGACGGGCGGCUGCGGGUCAACGACCAGCUGAUUGCCGUCAACGGGGAGUCGCUCUUGGCCAAAACCAACCAGGACGCAAUGGAGACGCUGAGGAAGUCCAUGUCCACGGAAGGCAACAAGCGCGGAAUGAUCCAGCUCAUUGUGGCUCGCCGAAUCAGCAAAAGAAGCGAGGAGGCACCAGGCGGGCCGCUGGUACCUCAGCAGAUCACUAACACGUCUAUGGACGAACAUGAACGCCGCAUCUCCCACUCCCUCUACGGCGCUCUGGAAGACCUAGAUGACAACUUGAUGCCUCGACAAGGCAUGAUGCCGCGCACAGUAGGUAACUACCAGCUGUCACCGACGGUCAACAUGCCACAGGAUGACACCAUCAUCAUCGAAGAUGACCGGCCGCCGCUACUUCCGCCACAUCUGUCCGACCAGUCGUCUUCCAGCUCCCACGACGAUGUUGGCUUUAACGCUGAUGCGACACUGCCGUGGGCCAAAGAUCUUCCCGCUCCCAAUGAAAGCUCCCAGAUCCCUGAUGGGAGCAAUGCUGACGCCGCCUUCCUGCGCGAAGGUUUCGGACGCCAGAGCAUGUCGGAGAAGCGGACCAAGCAGUUUGGGGACGCGUCCCAGCUAGAGAUCAUCAAGACGCGCAAGUCCAAGAGCAUGGACCUAGUCGCCGACGAGAUUAACCUCAGCCCUCGUCCUGACCCCAGCACAGGUUCCUCCACGAAGGACCUGGGUCCAUCUCUGGGCUUAAAGAAGUCCAGUUCUCUCGAGAGCCUCCAGACGGCCGUGGCCGAGGUCACCCUCAACGGGGAUCUUCCCUUCCACAGGCCUCGCCCUCGCAUCAUCAGGGGGCGGGGCUGCAACGAGAGCUUCAGGGCGGCCAUCGACAAGUCGUACGACCGGCCGGCACCCGCCGAGGAGGACGACGAGGGCAUGGAGACAUUGGAAGAAGACACGGAGGAGAGCUCACGCUCAGGUCGAGACUCUGUGUCGACGGUGGCCGACCAGACGCCGCCGUUGGUGCCGGAGAAGCCUUUGGUCAACGGGACCAGCCAACCCAAAGAGGAGAGGAAAAAGGACAAAGGUGGCAAGGAGAAAAAGAAGGGGGAGACAGCGAGGGACAAAGACAAAGACAAGGGCAAAGCAAAGAAGGGAAUGCUGAAAGGACUAGGGGACAUGUUCAGGUUUGGAAAGCACCGCAAAGAUGAGCGUCCGGGAGACAGGAUGGACCGUAAAGGGUCCAACAAGUGGCGGUCAGAGGAGACGCACGUUUCCGACGAAGAGACGCUGAAGAUGAGGAUGGAGCAGGAGAGGAUCCAGGCCAAGACCCGUGAGCUAAGGGAGCGGCAGGCUCGGGAACGGGAUUACGCCGAGAUUCUAGACGUGAGCCGCUCGCCAGAGAGGUCUUCCGAGGAGGAGCACCCGUACGCCGGCAUCAGCCCACUUAACGACGGGCACAGCCGCCCCCAAACCCCCCGCGACAACUACCCUCGCGUCCAUCACCAGCACCAGCACUCGGACUCCCUGUACACCCAAGUCAGCAAGGCCCGCAUGGAGCGCCCCCCUUCUGCGGACAGUAACCGGCUCGCCCCGAGCAACCACGACCGAAUACAGAGGCUGAGGCAGGAGUUCCAGCAGGCGCAGACCGUUCCGGACGACGCGGACGACAGGCGCCGCACGUUCAGCUUCGAGCAGCCUUGGUCGAACGUGAGCGGUCAGAACGGUCAGAGUCAGCCCGGCCGUCACUCGGUGUCCGUGGAGGUCCAGAUGCAGCGUCAAAGACAAGAAGACUCGUUCGCUCAGGCUCAGCGUCAGUACAGCUCACUGCCACGGCAGCCCAGGAAGAAUCCUAGCUCCAUCUCUCAGGACUCCUGGGAGAAGGCGUAUCCUCCAGGCGAGAGCUUCCAGACGGCCAAGGACAAUCCCAGGUACUCCAGCUAUCAAGGAUCCAGGAAUGGCUUCCCGAGCGGCGGAGUCGGCGGCGUGGUGAACGCCAGAGUCCUCCUGGAAGCUCAGGAGCUGCUGAGGCAGGAGCAGCGGCGCAGAGACCAGGAGGCAAAAGAAAAGCUAGCCCAGGAGAGCGCGGCUAACUACGAGGCGUUUGGCAAGGACCCCGCCUCCCCUAAGGGGCCGUACCGCCACGAUGUGCCGCCUUCGCCCUCGCAGCUGGCCAGACUCAACAGGUUGGGCUCGGAGAAAGGAAGACUUUUUUAUUCCUGAGGACGUCGCCCGGCAUUUCUUCAAAGUCUGCGGACGGCAUUUUUCUUCUCUGACAAUCGCUUGAGUGACACGGUGGCGUCUCCGGUGUGACAAAGUCGCACACUUUCUGUUGCCAUGAAGGUUUAUAUAUUUUGUUUUACGCUGUCAUACUAAUAGAAACACAGCCUGCGUAUCAACUUCCUGUUCCUCCUUUCAAAAUAAGUGCCCCCUCUUCAGAGAAAAGUAUGUUGCUAAUGAAAUGAAACAAGCACCUCCCCCUUCAUGAAUACUUCAUGGAGUGUUGUCUCAGUGGAUGAAACGACACUGAUCGGCUGCCUGACAACUCCCCAAACCCCCCCUGCUCCACUCUGAGCUCGACUCGCUGGCCUGCAGCUCUGAGCUCCUGCUUGUUGUGUUCAUUAGCGACCUACUGGCUUCCUACCCCCUCUCGCUGAAUUUUUCAUGGCGAGCCACCUGCCGCCUGCCCUACAACCAGAAGACGAAAUGACAAACGUUUACUCCAAAGUCUCUUUUUUGAAUUCCCUUUUUACAAAGAUCCCUCACUUUUUUUUUUAAACGUCUUUGUAAACGUAAAAACGCAGUAAAUCUACCCUACAAGGUGCCUGUUAGCAUGCUAGCUAGCUCAUUAGCAUCAUUGCGACAAAUGCUAAACAUCCAUCCAUCCAUCCAUCCAUCUUCUUCUGCUUAUCCGAGGUACGGUCGCGGGCAGAAGCCCUGACUUCACUCUCCCCAGUCACUUGGUCCAGCUCCUCCCGGGGGAUCCCGAGGCGUUCCCAGGCCAGCCGGGAGACAUAGUCUUCCCAACGUGUACUGGGUCUUUCCCGUGGCCUCCUACCGGUUGGACGUGACCUAAACACCUCCCUAGAGAGGCAUUCGGGUGACAUCCUGACCAGAUGCCCGAACCACCUCAUCUGGCUCUUCUCGAUGUGGAGGAGCAGCGGCUUUACUUUGAGCUCCCUCCAGAUGGCAUAGCUUCUCACCCUAUCUCUAAGGGAGAGACCCGCCACCCGGCGGAGGAAACUCAUUUCGGCCGCUUGUACCCGUGAUCUUGUCCUUUCGGUCAUAACCCAAAACUCAUGACCAUAGGUGAGGACGGGAAUGAAAGUGUCUUGGGUCUUCCCCGUGGCCUCCUACCAGUCUGAUGUGUCCU